AUGACUCAUUUUGACCGCUCGCUCUGCCAAAAGGGGGAGCGCACAUAAGCGUUUAAAGGCACAGCGUGCCGAUAUAUAUUAAAAACUUUUUACUGGCAUAUUCUAUCGCACUUAACUGGAGAAAUUAGCUAAAUACCGGGCAGGCGGGGGCAGCGGCGCUUGCCGUGCCUGCGGUCGGUGUGUCGCCGCGGGCGGCGCCGCCUUCCCCCCGGGCGCUAUCAGGUGACAGCCCGCCUGCCCCGGUUGUCAUCCGUCGUUGUCUUUGCUGGGCAUUCGGCGGCUUUCAAGCACCGCGGAGGCACACGGACCCGCUUAGGGAUUCGGAGCCUUUGACACCGUCCACCCUCAUAAGCAAAGCAGGGGGAGCUCAGCUGCAAGGAUGUCAGGAGGGCUAUCACCCAGCAUCAAUAUCGCCGAGCCGCGAUGGGACCAGGGCACCUUCGCGGGCCGUGCCAAGCACUUCUUCAUGGUCACCGACCCCAGGAACGUCCUUCUGUCGAACCGGACCCUGGAGGACGCACGUGUCAUUGUGGAGGACUACAGAAAGGGGAUCGUAAAGCCGGGGCUGUCGGAGGACGAGCUCUGGAGGGCCAAGUACAUCUACGACUCUGCCUUCCACCCGGACACGGGCGAGAAGAUGGUGCUGAUCGGCCGCAUGUCGGCACAGGUGCCUAUGAACAUGAUCAUCACCGGCAGCAUGCUAACCUUCUACAGGACCACCCCAGCUGUGAUUUUCUGGCAGUGGGUCAACCAGUCCUUCAAUGCCGUGGUGAACUACACCAACCGCAGUGGGGAUGCACCCAUCACCGUGAACCAGCUGGGUGCUGCCUACGUCUGUGCCACCUCUGGUGCCGUGGUCACUGCCCUGAGCCUCAAGUCCCUCGCCAAGCACCUCCCACCCAUAGCGGCCCGUUUCAUUCCCUUCGCUGCGGUGGCCGCUGCCAACUGCAUCAACAUCCCGUUCAUGAGGCAGAGGGAACUAAAAUAUGGGAUCCCUGUGAUGGAUGAGGAUGGCCACCGACUGGGACAGUCCACCCAGGCCGCCAGACAGGCCAUUGUCCAGGUUGUGGUGUCCCGGAUCGGCAUGGCCAUGCCAGCCAUGGCAAUCCCUCCAAUCAUCAUGAACGUGCUGGAAAGGAAGGCCUUCAUGAAGCGGUACCCCGUGCUCAACGCACCCGUUCAGGUCGGGCUGGUCGGUCUCUGGUAAGUAAACGCCACAGUGUAUCUGAGCUGAGAUGCAGGUCAGCGUCUGUAGUAGUA